AAACAACCCAAAAAAAGAUAAAGAAAAAUUAGACCUUUCCUUUUCCUGCCCAAAUUUGGAUUCUUUGCUAAGUUUAUUAUCACAACAUCAUCAAAACCUGACAAGCUAACAGUUUUUUUGCUAACUACUAAGUACGUAAAUAUUACCAAUAGAUUCUGUCCUUUUCUCAGUUGGCGAAGUUUCCUAUUGUUUCUUUUCCCUUUGUCACCUCCUGCUCAAGAACUCAACUGCAACUACAAAAAAUUCCUUUAAACUGUCCACAAUAUAAUCAAAGUUGGCUUCUUUUAGCAAUUCAGAAUAUGGGUCUUUGGGAUUCUUUCCUCAACUGGCUUAGAAGCUUUUUCUUUAAACAGGAAAUGGAACUUUCCCUUGUAGGCCUUCAAAAUGCAGGGAAGACAUCUCUCGUCAAUGUCAUCGCCACUGGCGGCUACAGCGAGGACAUGAUCCCAACGGUUGGGUUUAAUAUGCGUAAAGUUACAAAAGGAAAUGUGACUAUUAAACUCUGGGACCUUGGAGGCCAAAGGAGAUUUCGUACGAUGUGGGAACGCUAUUGUCGGGGUGUUUCUGCAAUACUGUAUGUUGUAGACGCUGCUGAUAGAGAUAGUAUUCCUAUAUCUCGAACAGAACUACAUGAGCUUUUCAAAAAACCUUCUUUAAACGGAAUUCCCUUGCUGGUGCUCGGAAACAAAGUGGAUAAAUCAGAAGCUCUUUCAAAGCAGGCGUUAGUGGAUCAACUAGGUCUUAAUUCAAUCACGGAUAGAGAAGUCUGCUGCUACAUGAUCUCAUGUAAAGAGUCUGUAAAUAUAGAUACCGUUAUUGAUUGGCUUAUUAAGCACUCAAAGACAGCAAAAUGAUGCAAGCUUCCGGUUUGCUGUAUGAAUCUCAUGUAGGAGUUAGCAAUGCGGAAAAUUGAGCUUAGUUUAUGAGAGUUCUUAAAAAACUUAUUAUUUGAUUUAUGCUUUGUACAUAAAGAUUUGUUCUAUCUUGCUUCAUGAAUCUUACUGUUGCAUGAAUAGAAGCAGAAAGUAUGAGAGGUAUAUACUUGCUCCCAAAACA